AUGGUUGCAAUAUUUUUGCUCUCAACUUGGGAACAUUUGCGUAUUUGUCCUCAGGAAUAUACAUGUUGUACUACUGAAAUGGAAGACAAAUUGAGUCAACAAAGUAAACUGGAAUUUGAAAACCUAGUAGAGAACACAAGUCACUUUAUGCGUACGACCUUUGUUUCCAGACAUAAAAAGUUUGAUGAAUUUUUCAGGAAACUUCUAGAAAAUGCAGAGAAGUCUAUAAAUGACAUGUUUGUGAGGACAUAUGGAAUGUUGUACAUGCAGAAUUCUGAGGUAUUUCAGGAUUUAUUUACGGAACUGAAACGUUACUACACAGGAGGCAAUGUCAACCUGGAGGAAAUGCUAAAUGAUUUUUGGGCCCAUUUGCUAGAACGAAUGUUUCAGCUUAUAAACCCUCAGUAUCAUUUCUCUGAAGACUACUUGGAAUGUGUCAGCAAAUAUACUGACCAGCUAAAACCAUUCGGAGAUGUGCCUAGAAAAUUGAAAGUUCAAGUGACCAGAGCUUUCAUUGCUGCUCGGACAUUUGUUCAAGGACUUACAGUAGGUCGAGAAGUAGCAAACAGAGUAUCCAAGAUUGGCCCAAACCCAGGGUGCAUCAAAGCAUUAAUGAGGAUGCUAUAUUGCCCUUAUUGUCGUGGAAUUCCUGCUGUGAAACCCUGUAGUAACUAUUGCCUCAAUGUGAUGAAAGGCUGUCUGGCAAAUCAAGCAGAUUUGGACAUAGAGUGGAAUCACUUCAUAGAUGCCAUGCUUCUUGUAGCUGAUAGACUGGAGGGGCCAGUCAAUAUUGAGUCAGUCAUGGAUCCUAUUGAUGUGAAGAUUUCCGAAGCUAUCAUGAGCAUGCAAGAAAACAGCAUGCAAGUGUCAGGAAAGGUGUUUCUGGGAUGUGGGCAGCCCAAAGCUGCUCCUGCGUUAAGAUCUUCGCGAUCAUUCCCAGACAGUUAUAAUAGACGCUUCCAAGCCUAUAAUCCAGAGGAGAGACCCACGACUGCUCCUGGCACAAGUUUAGACAGAUUGAGGACAACUUGGAAGGCAAUGCAGUAUGCUGUAGCAGAAAUCAAAGACAAUCUCAAGGUCACUAAAAAGUUUUGGUCAACAUUACCGCAUUCUAUAUGUAAGGAUAAGAGAGUGACAGCGAGCAUACCAAAUGAAGAAGAUUGCUGGAAUGGACACAGCAAAGCUCGGUACCUCCCUGAAAUAAUGAAUGACGGUCUGAUAAAUCAGAUCAAUAAUCCUGAAGUGGAAGUGGAUAUUACUAGACCAGACACAUUCAUAAGACAGCAAAUUAUGACCCUGCGAGUGAUGACAAACAAGCUGAAGAAUGCAUACAACGGAAAUGAUGUCAACUUCCAGGACACCAGUGAAGAAACCAGUGGCUCAGGAAGUGGAAGUGGUUGCACAGAUGACAUCUGCCCCACUGAAUCGGACUUUAUCACUACAGAAGCUCCUCCUUUUGAUUCAGACAGAAGAGAGUUGGAGUUUUCAUCCUCGAUCAUUAAUCAUCAAUCACUUCUUACACUUUUCUUAUCUAUGAUCCUGGCAUUACAGGGACAAUGGAGAUAAUCUACAA